AAAUGCACUUAAAAAAUUGCAGUUAAUCUUGGGAAAUUAAACAAAAUGCCAGAAACUUGCUGUAAGUUUGCCAAAGAAUGCCGAACACAGAAUUCCAAUGAAGUGAGUUCGAAUGAGAGUGCGAAAAGUGCGUGCAGCUACAAGCAACGAAUUGCGUUGAACAGACCAAAAUAUGCGCAAACUGACGAGGUGACGCAAUUAAAUUCAAAUGAUAUUCAAUAUGCGACUACUCCCAAUGCGACCACUAAGGAAUGCAGUGGAGGGUCUAAAAGUCGAUGCUGUUUCUUAGAUAGUAGUGAUUCUGUAUACGAGGCAAAAGUUACUUGUUGUUGUCCAAGUCAUUCGGAGGAAUCGAAUUCGUGUUGGAAAUCGAAGCGAAGACAGAUAAUACGAGAAAGUUCUCAUGCAGCUGGUUUGGACAUAAACGCUAGGACAACCAGCGAGGCAGCACCAACACUAGCAACAACACCAAAAAGAAUAGCAAAAGUGACUUCGUCACACUUGCCCACAUAUCGAGGCAGAAAUGGGAGCUGUGGCAGCCACACGUUGCUAACGGCCCUGCAACGAGAGGCGCACCAGCAGUGUGAGAGAGUGAACAGAAAAAUUUCCACUUCGCUCCCAACAACGCCAAAUUUAAGUCAGUUGCGCCGGCCGAAACCUAUACAAUACCAGAAGUUGGCACUGGAGGCCAUAGAUUUGGAUGAUGCGCAACAAUUGCAGCAGCUGAGGCAGUUGCAGAAUCAGCAGUCCGCUAACAGCCUGCAACAGCUGCAGAUGUCAGCAACGAAAUUGCAAAACACUGCGCGCGUUACUAGCAGGGAGUUGUCGGCACAACAGCAAAAACAACAACAACAGCAGCAGCAAAUGAUCAUACCGAAUGUGCUGCCGCUGGUAGUGGGAGUCGAUGAAAAUGGCGCCAAUAAAGUGAGGCAAGUACCAGCAACGGCGGCCACCAAACAAAAAAUAUUCCCCAAAACGAACAAUAAUAGCAACAAUGAAAAUCGAAAUGAGCGCGCGGCAGGUGAAAAGUUGUCUACAUUGAUGUCACGCACACUGGCAGCGCCAACGGAUUUGUCGACACAACCACUGAUCGAGCAACAUACAAGCGACUACAACAAAAACAAUCAGCAUGAUCAAAAUAAUGGCCACGCGCCCUUAUUAUCAUCGCUGCUGCCACCUCCCGUGCCAUUGCCGGCCCCACAAUCAUCAUCCAUUGCAACGUCGACAACCACAUCCGCCACAUCGGCCAAUUCAACUGACUCAGCCCACUCGGCGGCAGUCGUUGGCAAAAACACGCUCGCUUUCUGUGAGCAUUGCUGUGAAAGCGCAAGCAUGGCCAGCGGCGAUUAUGCUCAGGGCGCAUACGCUGAAUGUAAAAAGUAUUCGAGUGAUGAGGACCACGAUCGAUGCUAUCGCGAGUUCACCGAUUCAGUCUCCGAUCUGUCGUCAUACCGAUUCGUCUCCGAUGAGGAUGAAGUAAGCGCGUGUAUCGCCGUGAACGAAACAACUGCAAGCGAAGAAAUAUUCAGCCAGAAAACUAAACAUCACAAUAUCAAAAACAAAAACAAAAACAAUAACAAUAACAACAUAGACCAAGACAGCAUAUUAGCCAAAAACCAACGCCUCUUGUCCUCGCAAUCGCACUCGCGGUCGUCCCCGCCGCCGCCGUCGCCGUCGGCACCACCGCUGUUGCCAUCGUUGUCGGGACAGACGAAUAUUCCGUCGCCAACAUUGUUGUUACCCGCCGCCGUGCAAACAACAAAAAUAGCCACGUUGCGUCGUGCUUCGCCCACCAUUUGUUGUUAUACAAUUGACAAACCCGUCAGCAUACAUCAUAACGCGACUGUUUUGGAAUACGUACCAAGCGAUACAAAGCGAACGUCGCCAACACCCACGCCUGGGAGCGCAUCCGCAACUGCUCCUGUGCCAAUUCCUACAACUAACACCAUUAGGAGUGCCUACAGAUUGAAACCGCAAGCGAGCGAGUCAAGUGAAUUCCUUUACCCUGAGAGCCUCUUGUCCAUAUCGUUACCCAGCAAUUACGGCAGUGUGAGAGGCAUUGAAAGCCGCCACCUACAGCAUACACAGUGGUCGCCUCAAAAUUUCAAACCUCCUCCACCAGAACCACCACCUAAGCCAAAACAAGGGGGCAGACGAAUCUACCAAUCCACAAUAUAUUCGAGUUCAAGUGCAUCAGUGUUGGAGAAUCAGAGUCGAAGAGCAGGAAACUUUCACGAGCCGAUUUGUGGCAACGAUCAAAACUUUCAAAGGGAAGCCCAAAAUAUCGAGAAGUCAAGCGAGUCAGUCUCUACACCUACGCAGACAUCUGCAUUUGCUCCCAGCGGCGCUGGAAAUUGUUUUCCUGACGAGUUUCGCAACUCCGAUGAACAAUACUCGCGGCAGUUGUCACGUUCCCUCGAACGCUCCGUUUCACCAGAGCAUUGUGAAUUAUUGAGUUGCUUUGGAACGGUUAAAAAUACCCGAAGAGAGUCGGCAAACAUCACAUCAAAUGCAAAUCAAAACGACAAGUUUUUGGGUGACGUUCGAGGUAAAGAAAAUAGUCGCCUCGACGAAGACAGCGCAAAAAGAAGCGAACCAGAAGUCGAAAUAGAAAAUGACAAGGAAACGAAAUUUGUCGCGCGUAGUUUAAGCGAUAGCAGCUGUUUGGUGUCGGCGGCAACAACGCCAAUUGCCAAUGAAAAGUGUGCCAUCGAAAACAAAAAUAAUUCCCACCAACAUCAACUGACGCAGCAACCACGUCAACAGCUAGAGGAACCACUCAUACAACCACCAACACCACCGUCAUAUAAUAAGAAUAAUUAUAUUAACAACAACAACAACAACAACAAUAACAACAUCAAUAAUAAACAGCGUUAUUGUGGCGACUCCGAGCAAAGUCAACGAAGUGCAACCAACAGGAAGAAAUCAGCGUCGACAAGUGUUUAUGCUGUCGCCACUGUAAGUGAUGGCGCGUUUGAUAUACCUGACACGCAUGUAGAGCUUAGUGGUAGGAAUAGCGCCUGUGGCGAAUGCAACAACAACUAUAAUUGUAAAGCAAGGUGUCGCACUGUAUACAGCCAUACGGCGCCCGCGUCAUCUGCACAUCCUUGUGUUACAAGCGCCGAACCGUCGUGUUACAGCUCGCAGUCAUCAGUAGCCUACUUGUCUUCGUCGCUACCGAAACGUACAUUGCGUUACGAUAGUUACGGUCGUUUGAAGUCGGAACGAGUUUCGCGUCUCCCCACUGGGACUAAGUCACUGGCCAAUGGUCGCAAGGCGGCUAGUGAGACGCGUUUGCAUCGUGCAAAUCAUAAUGCCCCCUCAACGUCUAAAUACGAUUUGCCACCCUCUUUGUCGGCCAAUAAUAUUAAGCUAACACCGACUUUGUGCCGUAAAUUUAACUACUUGAGUGAUAAAUUUGAAGACUGUGUUGUCGAGCGUGAAGAACUAGAAUUAGACACGACAGCUGCACGGAGUGAAAACAAUCUGCAACAAAAGCAGCAACUAAUUGUGCAACAUCGCGCUAAAGAUCUUGGCGAUGUCGAACAGAUCUCAACGGAAGCGAACUCAAAUACGACGGAUGCGCUGCAUGCAACCUCUGUGCGAAACACGCCAUCCUGCCUCGCAUUCGACAAAGAAUUGAAUUUAAAUUUUACAAAGACUAUACCACCGGACCAUCAAAUUUAUAAAUCUUUCAGUGAUACUCAGAAUUUUGUGGCAAAUCACAAACCAAAUAAAUCAAAUAACAUUAAUAAUAUUAUUGCGGCGAAUCAAUCGAAACGCUUUUUUAGUGACUUCUCGCUCAAAUCGGAGUUUGCUGAAUCAGAUAGUAGUCUGCCGUGUCAGUGUUCCUCUAACCAACCCACUUCACCCACAGACACGACAUCACCCACUUCGCCUGCAUCGCCAAUCUCACAGCUGUCGCCGAAAUCGUCAGGUGGUUUGAAUCAAAAAAAUUCGCAAUCUCUACCAAGCGUUCCGCAAUCGAACGGCGCACAAAGCCCGCUUUGGCUUAGUAGCGAAACUAUUGGUUCGUUGCGCCAGUCUGAGCCGAAAUCAGGCUUGGACGAUUUGCAAUCGAAUUGUAGUGAUCAGACAACAAUUUUCCACUUGGACAACGAGUGUUCGCUCUCCGCCACAUCUUUGUCGCCAACAUCACACACUCAACGCCAGUCCCUCGCUGGGUACAGUGCUCACGCCUUACGCAGUCCAGUUGUGCUGAAACGUAUUCCAGCGAUACAUUCGUUCGGGUAUAUUCCGCCAAUCCAGUCGAGCUUGCAGUCUAGUGCUAAUGUACGUGAAAACGACGAAAGAGAGAUUAACAUGGAGAAGCGUAGGAAUACCUUAGAUCGUUUUCAACGUUUGGGCUUCGGUCGUAAAUCCACUCCAGCAUCAAGUGGCGCAUCAUCGGAGAGCAGUGGCUCCUCACGUAAUCGCAAGUCAAACGAAAAAUCAGAGAGAUUGAGAGAAUUAACAGAGCUGCUGCGCGGCGGCAAUAGAUCGUCGCCCACCCCACCGCCAAUACCACCGCCUCGCAAGCCACGACACGGCUCUCAUUCGGCGACCAAUAGCUUGGAGCGCUCCGACACGCAAAUGCAUGCUCCCGCUGUGGGCACUGCCUCUGCUGGCACCUCAUCUCUGGACAAUACUCCAUUGUCAUUUAUGUCAACCCGCACUGAUGACAUCUUGUUGAUGGACCAAGAGGAGCAAACGAUGUCAAGUGCGAACGACUCCACUAAGCGAGAUGCAAAUGACGAUGAAAAGGGCGAUUGUGGUAGAAGCAACGCACUCUCGACAUCAGCAAAAGCAGAAGCAGCCACUGCAGCGGCCACACUAGCGCCAACAACCAAUUUGUACGAUACACUCAAACCGAAUACAAGUCUGUCGAAUUUCGAAUCGUUAAUGUCGAUGAGCAGAGCGAAAUCAAAGUCGCCGCCGCCACCGCGUUCCUCAGGCGUUAGCGUGAAAAGUUGCUCUGUGAAUGCCAACAGCGCACAGCUGGCCAACAGUACGGAUAUAGCCACCAAGUUGACAAGACCAGAAUCUCGCACGGUAAUCGGUUCUUAUGCCCAGAAGGGAAUACCAUUUCGUUCGGCGUCGUUUUCGCAAAUUGACAUAUCGUCUGGAAAGUACAAAAAGUCUUCGUGGAGUGCAUUGCGUGAUCGCUUGUGGCGAGAUAAAGUAGUUGGAUCGGUUGAUUCAGCAACUAGUAGAAAGAACCGAGGUAAUGAGGAAGCGGUGACAGUGACAGUGGAAGAGAAAGUGCGCUCCGAACCCGAUUGGAUUUACAUACCGUUGAAGAAGAAAAUUGAAAUGAGUAUUAAUUUGAAUUACGGUCAGGAUAUGAAGAAUCUAGAAAAUGUCAGCGAAUCACCAGAUACCAUACCCGAGGAGGACAUAUUCAAUACCGAUGUGGAGCAAACGUCAAGUAUUACAGAAGAAUGCAAGGCAGCGGCGUUCAAACCUAAUCUUGUAAUAGCCCAUGCCAAAAUGGAAUCCUUAACAGAUACAAUUCAAUCUGAAAAUGACUAUACGAUUGAAGCAGGGGAAGUAGCUGUUGCCAUUGAGCCAGUACCUGCUGUUGUGGAGGCGGAAGCGGGUGCAGUUGAAAAGGCAAAAGUUAUUGAACAACCAACCAUACUUGAGCCCAUUAACGCCGAAGGUAGGGAAACGAAUGUGGCAACUGUAAUGGAGGAGAGAAUUCCACUGGAAUCACCGCCCGAUAAUUUUCUGCAGACGGCCACUACCUGCCUAAUUCCGGUGCCCGUAUAUGAGUGCGCUGCGCAGGACUGGCGUUUGGAGAACCCGCCACAGGAAUGGGUGGAGGUACAGCCCGAGGAGUUUGGCAUAAUACCGGAGACAAUAGAGCCGCUGCUAUCACUCAGUGAUUGUGUAAAUGUGAAGCCUGUACCGAAAACGGCGCAGGAAUACCGCGUGGAAAAUGUGCCGACAAUUUCGGUAAGUCGUUCUUCAGAAGAGGCGGACGAUAAGUGCAUUUUGCGCAGAAAAGAUGCCUUAGACGAUGAAUUCUGUAAUCCUGUGGAGAGACGGCAAGCUUCAAUAGAUACUGCUGAGUUGAGCAAGAGAUAUAGCCAUGAUGAUAUAGACGUUGGCAUAGAGAAACGGGCAUCGUUGGAUGCCAUCACCACACGUCACAGUGCAGACGAACGUAAACGCAUUGAUAAGUCCAAGCGACGGAAGGGCAUGUACAUUGACAAUGCUGCUUGGAGCGAGUCUCCCGAUGGCGAUGGUCACGGUAGGGGCUUGGCAUUGGACAUUUCGUUGGCUAAUUUUAAUGCGAUCAAGCCGGACAAAUCAGAGGAAUGUGGCAUUAUGUAUAUUAACAGUCCACCCACUGAUGAGAAUCGUACGCCGGGCUCACUGUGCUCACCCGAAAUAAACACACCGGAAUCGGAUAAACCACCAGUAUGGACAAAGGCCGAUCGCCUUGCCAGCUUUAGUCUACAAAGUUCGGAGGAGAAGGAUGACUUGCAGUGUGGAAUUGGUAGUGGAAGUGGUGGUAUUUUGCGCAACAAUAAAAGUUUUCCUUUCUUACGCACAGACUCGGUGUCCGAUAAUGAGAAUGAGCGCGGACCAAUGCAUGGUCGCGAGCACACCAGUCCCAGUCCUGUGCCUGGUGAUUACGACUUCAAACGCUAUUCCAAACGACCAUUGCGUGGACCUUACGGCCAAAUGCUGGAGAAAGAAAUGAAGAAGCCCAACAAAAUGCAUUUCGAGGAAAUCUUGGAGGACUUGCGUGAGUCCGAAAACUCAACACAAUCGCGUCGUUCACGCAUCGCAUACGAUGACUCCAGCACCAUUACGAUGAGCGCCACUCGUAAUAUACCUCACCAUUCGAAUUCGAUGCGUGUUCGCAAAUCGAAUACGUUUCUGCCAGUACCCGCCCAUACAAGAGCCGCAUCCACACCGUCACAAAUAGAGAAUACAAGCAAAGGUGCGGGCGUUGGCAGCUUGGAGAAGAUGUAUGCACACGAGAAACGCUACCAAAGUACGCUGGACAACUCAGUGACAUCAGAUGAUAAGGAUUAUCUAGAUGCCGGUCAUCAUUAUCAACCCCAUCACCAUCAUCAUCAUCAUCAUCAGCGCGAAGCAAAGCGAGCCGCCUCGGAGGCUCCAGCCCAGAAAAGCCAUCACAAUAAACGUAGUCAAUCGAUGAGCGGCGAGAAAACCGCCUCGGCUAGCGCCCAUGUCGCACAUCAGGCCAAACGCAGCCUCGAUGCAACCACCACCGGAGGUGCCAAGACCAAAGCAGUAGUGCCAUCACAGGAAUUGCUGGCCGAACUGUUGAAAGGCUCUAGCGAGAAGCUGAUAUCCGAGCAACGCCAACAAAUGGCUGCGGAUACGCGCACGCAUGUGGUGCAGGAAAUCUUACGUAAUGAACAGUCCUAUGUGGAAUCGCUGCAGACAAUCGUCACAAAAUAUCUGAAGGUACUCAAGUCUCCCGAGCAUGCUGGCAUGAUCGAUUCACGCACCGUGGAUGAGAUAUUCUUCAUGGUACCCGAUAUACUAGAGAUUCACGAAAAAUUCCAUGCGGAACUGAAAUCGCGCUGGGAUGGCUGGGAUGCGAACCAGAAAGUUGGUGACGUCUUUCUUGAAACGUUUUCAAAGUUGGAGGUGCUGGAAGUGUACACAUCGUUUGUGAAUAAUUGCAAUCGCGCGAAGAAUGCCAUCCGUACUACGAAACAUCAACGACCUUCGUUUGCGAAAUUCCUCGAAAUGACUGCACGUGAGCAUAAAGGCAAAUUGACGCUGGACAAUUUACUCAUAAAACCGGUACAAAAGUUCCCGAACUACGAAAUGCUCUUUCAAAGACUUAUCAAACACACCGAUUGCGAUCAUCCCGAUCAGAAGCAUUUACAGGAUGUGCUUAAGCUGGUGCAUGACAUACUCGUUCAUAUCAAUUGUAAGGAGCGUGAAAUCCUUGAAAAUGGUCAACGCGAAGCAACUUUGCGCGAGCUCGAGGGCGUUAUUGAAGGUAUCACCGAUCUGAUUACACCCGAUCGGCAAUUUCUGCUCUUCGACUUGGUUUCAAUGCCGUCAGGGCAGGGUGCACGCAAAGAGCGCGGCUUCUUUCUUUUCAAUGAUCUGCUAGUGUUGACGAGUAUUAAGAAGCGUAGCGGCACAAUACGAAAGCCUAAUCCUUCUACCUGCCCCGGUACAGUAGCCUCUACAUUGGAUACCAACAAAUACAAGUUCCUGACAAAGAUCUCUUUGGAUUGUUUAGAAAUUGUGAAGACUAAAGAUGAAAACGUAAAGCGUAUUAUGCUUGAAAUCGAAAGUUUAGCCGAGGACUGCAAUAAGCUACAAAACAUCGCCAGCAUCACUACAUCACUCAAGUACCCACACCAGUAUCUGGAGGAUGUCAUACGUGAACUACUGCGAGAUGUGCAGCGACAGCUAUCAGAGCGUCAGACUAAUGACACACAACUGAAUAUGCUCGAACUGCUGGUCAACUCACCGAACGGAAGUCAGAAACUGUCGAUCGUCUUCAGCAAAGCUGAGAAACGCACUCAGUGGGAGAAGACCUUUAACGAAGCUAAGCAAAAAUUGGCUGCCACUCUCGAACGACAUCCUAUUCCAGAGUUCUUGAUGUCCAUACCAAUACGCAAAACGCGAGCCGGCUUGCAGUUUACUUGUGCCGCAGCCACACUCAGCGAGAAACGUGACGUGUGGGUGUGCAACAGUGACGGCUACGUCGGACAAGUGUGCAUUAUGUCUCUGUACCCGGAACCAAAUGUGACCAGCUGCAAUGGCGUUUGCAAUGCUCGCAUUCUUUGUGUGGCCUCAGUUCCCGCCUACAACUCGAACAAUAGAAACUCUGCAAACAGUGGCGCGCAGCUGCAACAGCAGUCACAACCAACGCACCCGCGUAGCGCAAGCACUACGCCGCAACACAGCUACACACAGCAAUUGCGUGAGUAUCGCAAAAGCAUCUCACCGAACUUUCAACCGCCGCUUGCAAUUGGCACGCCGGAGAAGAAGAAGACGCCAUCUUCAACAGUGGCAGGCGCGGCUAAUUCAAUUGGUGCGGGCGCCGCUACCACAACGGACAAUGGAAAUAGCGAAGGCACGGCGGACAACCAAUUGGAUUUGAAUUUAAGCUCCAGCGAUGAUGAGACGGAUACUGGCAUAGUAAAUAUCAGCAGUGUUGGUGGCGGCGCGGCGAGCAGUAAUGGCAGUGGCGUUGUCGAGCGCGUGCCGAGUCCCGCUCCGUCAACGCAGACAGUUGCCUCGGCGACACUGCCCGGUAGCAGUAGCAGUGGCACACCGUCGCAUCACUCGCACCAAGACUCCAAUCCAGAUGAGGGAGAUGGCAAUUUAUCAACUAUGUGGAUCGGCACGGAGGACGGUUGCAUUCAUGUCUACAACAGCACCGACAAUAUACGCAUAAAGAAGAAUAGAAUAAAGAUUGAGCAUCAGUCGGCUGUAUAUUCCAUAUUGUACCUGGACAAUCGCGUGUUUGUGUCUUUAGCUAAUGGUGAUAUUUGUGUCUAUCUUCGCGAUGGCGCUGCUUGGAAUACCAGUUCGUCGCACUGUCUUCCAAUUGGCACCGUGUCGAGUCCUGUAACUAAACUGCUAAACGUGCACGGCAGGCUGUGGUGCUCCAUACAAGGCAUUGUCAAGGUUUUGGAUAUGGACACAUUUCUGGUGGUCAACCAAAUACAAGUCUCAUCCGAUUCGAAGCCAGUUACUAAUAUGACGGUAUCGAACAAUUACGUGUGGAUUUCAAUACAAAAUUCGGCGAAUAUAAAGUGUUUUCAUUCCAUGAGUAAUGCGUUAAUAGCCGAAAUAAAUCUGGCACCGGCUGUGAAUAAAAUGCUCUCGAAUUGCGAUGAGAUUAUACGCCAGCACAAGGCCGCAUGCUUACGCGUCACAUCGCUGCUUUCGUGUCGCGACCUCAUUUGGAUUGGCACCAGUGCGGGUGUACUGCUCACCAUACCAGGGCAGGGAUCCGAAAAGGAUGUCCAAAAUGUGGUGCCCACUGGCAUUCCCCAUGGGCAUACGGGACAUGUGCGUUUCUUGACCUUCGUCGAGACAAGCGGUCUAACAUCGGAAGGCAGUGGCAGUAGCACCGGCUCAACGGGACGCGAUGCCGAAACAGCGGUGAGCAGUACGGAUUACAGGAGUCAAAGCACUGCUAAACAUGCGAAGCCAAAAGCGGAAUCCAGCACAAUUUUGGUAAUAUCCGGCGGUGAUGGCUACGAAGAUUUCCGAAAUUCGGGUGCGAAUUCGCUAAGCGAAAUUGCCGGCCGUGAGGAUAGCACCAAUCACUUGCUGAUAUGGCAAAUUUGAAGUAGGCGCCGCAAGAACCGUUGGAAGGAAUUGCUUUCACGGUGGAAAAACAACAACUAGUGGUGGCAGCGUAGUCCGGGCGGAUACCGGCGCAAGCGUGGAAUUAAUCGACACACGAGCACGAGCAUCUAAAUGCAAAUGCAACGAGAGAACGUGAAGAGAUAUUUCCUGCUUCGCAGCUACCGAACGGCUACCAUAUAAGCUAAACCAAAACACACACACACAUACAAAAAAAAAAAAGAAAACUCGAAAACUACAGAGGAGCGAGAAAAUCUCGAAAAUUCUUUGAAUGCUGCGUUGUGAAAGUGAGUUGGGCUUAAAUAGAGAUUACUGAGAUUAUUAUUAUUGCCGCAAGAGCAUGCAAACACACCUACAUACACACAAACAUGCACAUCAUUAGAGGGGGGCGGCACUUUCGCUGUGUUGCCACCAAACGAUAAUAAAUUCGAAAAGCGAUUAUGCAAAAAACUCUUUUAAUUGUUAAGUGAAACAAAAACAAUACAAAAUUGAAAUUGUGUGUACGCCUGUGUAUACGAUGUAAAUGUUAGUUUGCAAUUGUAAUAUUUCUUUGGACCCUUUUAAACUUAUAUUUACAUACAUACAUACAUACAUAUGUAACUACAAUACAUGCAUAGAAACAUACUUACAAAUAUUGUUAAGUGCAAAAUUCCUAUACAUAUUAAAUUAUACAUAAUUAUCUACUAUACAUGCGUGUAUACAUACAUACAUACAUAGAUAUUACACACACACACAUAUAAUUAAAUUUAUAUAGCGAAUUUCAGCACAUAAUUUUUUAUCAAACUACUUAGAAAGUACGCAUAGACUUAUGUACACACACAUACAUACAUGCAUACAUAUGUACAAUGUGUGCCCACGCAGUAUGUGUGCAUACACACACACACACACGCACACACACACACACACACACACACACACACACACACACACACACACACACACACACACACACACACACACACACAAUAUUCGGCAAAUGAAACAUGCAAACAAGCAGAAACAAAAACAACAACAAAAACAAAAGUAUGAAACUGAAACUGAAUAAUGUGCCAAAAUGUGUUUCCUUUGCUAUACUAAUCCAUACAUACAAACAAAAUGAAUAUAUGUAAUAACGCAGUACAUUGCGAAACUAAAGUAGAUAAUAUAAAUAAAUGCAUAGAAAUCCUAAAUAAAAGUAUGCAUAUGUAUGUGCACACAUCCAUACAUACAUAUUUAGACAAAUCAACAUUAACAAGUAGCUUCUGGCAGUUGUUUGACAUAACUAUUUUCUUUAUUUAAGAAAAAAAACAACAAAAAAAAAAAAAUUAAGAAACAAACAAACAAAAAAUAGAACAAAAAGAAAAAUCCUUUUGUAUUUUAAGCGUCGUAAGAAUUAUAGCAGAAUGUGUAAACUAAAUACCUACAUAUAUAAUUAUAUACAUAUGUAUACAUAAUUGAAAACAAAAAACAACAAAAACAAAAAAAUACAUGCAAGCAUACAAACUUACCUAAAAUCAUAUUAACGGGGUACAACUGAUAAAUCCCGCAAAUAUUUUUGAACCGAUUGAACAAUAAUUAAAUAAAUCUACUAUUUAAGCACUAUUUACAAUAAACUAAAAGGAACUAAUCAUAAAUAAAUUGUAUUUGUAAUUGUUUAAAAUAUGUAAAUUAAAUGAAAUUAAAGCAAGACAAAGAAAAUUCAAGUGAAAUUAAAAUUUUCAAAAUAAAAUAAAAUUAUAAAAUACGAAAAAAACACAAAAUCUUCUAUAUUUAAGUAUGUAAAUUUGGAAAAGCGUUAUGUUCAACAUGCAUACAUACACACAUACAAACAUAAACACAUUCAUACAUACACACAUAGCUAUAUGUAUAGCCAAAGCAGAGAGAAUGUUAAUACAUUAAUGUUAAUCCAUUAACAUUAUCUGUUAAUUCAUUAACAUUCUCUGUUAAUCCAUUAACAUUCUCUGGCCAAAGUGAGUUGAGAUUGAGCGCAGCCUGCAUAAAAAAAGCAAAACAAAAAAACUAAAAACACGCAAAGCAAAACAACGCAAGGCGAAAUGAGUUAAUAGGUUUGUUCAUGUAAAAAAUAUCCAGUAACUUGCCAGUUACUUAAUUUCCGAGAAUUCACACUCAAAGAGUUUUCUCUGAUCAAAAAAAAUGUACACGAACGCAAGGCGCAUUCAUUAAGUGGUGGCGCUUGACCAACAACAAUGUUUUUUGUGCGUUUGAAUGUCACGGUUAAGCAUUGGCAAAGUAAAAAAAAAACAAAGAAUGAAUUCGCCUUGCUUCAUUCUGUGCUGAGAGCCAUUUAGACACGGCGGGAGAAUAAAAAAAAAAACAAAAAAAAAACAAAUCAGCUGAUUUACUGAUACCACCUUAAAGAAAUUUGCCUUGCAUGAACGUAAAAACAGUAAAAUUUGCAAGAUUAACGAACAGUUCAUUCGUUUUUUCUCGAGAAAAAAUCACAAAAAUACAUUUUUUUUCAGUUGAGCUACCUCGUUGUUGUUGUGGCAUGUUUAUUUAUUUCAACAUUACUUACUCAAAACCUAAUCCUAGAAUGAAAAUAUAUAUUAGAGGUUCCAUAUUCAAAGUUUGCGAUAAGUCUUGCCAUUUUUUAACCCAAUGUACACCAAGGCGCACAGUCUCUUUAGCAAGGAUAUGCGGAAAUCUGUCAUUUGGCAGAGAAAAACAGUGCGAAACAUAAUACAUGUGAGCUCUAAGAAUAUGCAAAUAUUGCGGAAGCAGAUUGGUUUCAAUGUUGUUCAUGUUAUUUGGCGUGUUUGCGGGCAAAAGUAUCACAUUUUUUAUAAAGAAAAACAAAAGUCCAAAAGUCUCUCUACUGGCUCAAAUUUUUCUACACCCCACAGCUGUGCACCAUAAAUCAUAAUCGACCUUAAGGACGUACCAAAGAUGCUUGGUUUUUUAGAAAUGGAAAUCUGAGCGUUAUUCAUGUAUUUUAGCCAUGCAGCAUUUAUUACUACUUGAGAGUCGGCACGCUUUGAAUCCAAAUGCUUGGUGUAAGACAGUUUGUAGUUAAUCAGUACGCUAAGCUAUUUAUACAGGUAUUCUUUGAAAGUCAUUAUAUUUUCAUCGCUAAACUUCGAACUGUAUGAAGCAGGGAUUCUUGUGCACUCCCUAAACACCACGGAGCAUUUUUGCUUAGACAAAAUAACUUUAAGCCUGUAGGUCGGCCGGAGACUUGGCAAGAAGCACUACGUCCUCAGCGUACACUCGAAGCUUAAUGCGGCGGUUAGUCACAAUUUUAUUCCACCCGUUAGAAGUUCCCGUUUUAGUCAUUUAUUUAAGUACAAGGAAAACAAGAUCGGACUUAACAGACAACCUUGUCUUGCCCCUUUAUUGACAAAAAAUGGGAGUUCUUCUUGCUGCCUCGUAACAAAUUAAAAAAAAAAAAAUCGAGUAAAAUGCAAAUUAUUGAGUUUAGCAUUACAUGGUUUUAUUUUGUCCACAAUAUUUUGUUCCACUUCAACAUCGCGGUCAGAUGAAGAUUCCAUUAGCAGCUGUAUUGUUGCGGCAAUCACAGCUUUCUGUCUGCGCCCCUCGGCAGGUAUACUGUAACAUUAGGGGGGGGGGGGGGGGGGUAUAUCGUCCCCUCCUUUCGUGUCGAGCGGCGGACCCUUCCACGGCGCGAGCUUGGGUGCCACGCCUGCUAACCACUCCACGGUCUUCUCGUCCUUGCAGUCCACAAGUAGUAGACCCGGCCUGAAGUAAACCCCACAAAAUGCCAGCGGCUGAGUCCAUCCUUUAAAGAAUUCAUCCAUUAUGGCCUCCUGAAGCACGUUUUCCUUACUUCGGUGUAUGCAUGUACAUAGGUAUGUAUAGGUAUACACCUAAUUCUGUUAUUACACGAUAGAUACGUUCGCAAAAAAUCCGUGUAAAAAGAGAAGUAGGUGAAAACAAUAUUAAAAAAUUCUUUUUAGAGUUCACUUAAGAAUUUAUUUCGUGCUUACACAUUGUAAUUAAUUAAAUAUAAGUAAGAAAUUAUUAAACGGCGACUCCCAGAGACUUUUCCUGAAACUAAUUUAAACACUUAGUGCAAGCAUCGAAAAAUCGCAAACAAAGAAAAAUUCAUAAAAUGUUGAAAAUCGUGUUAAAACAAAGCGAUUCGUGUAAACAGAGAAUUAGGUGUAUGCGCAUAUAUUGCCAAAUUAGUUAAUAACUAAACCAACGUAAACGUACGCCGUAUCAGCUGUCACGAUGAAGCAACGAUCUACGAUACUACGGAACGGAACGGUGGUGAGAAUUCAUUUACAUGGUACGCUGAUACGGGCGUACGUUUACGUUGGUGAGUAUGGGCACCAUAAGAAGUGCAAGCUUAAAACACAAAAGAUACCUUCAUUGCUUUCGAUUUGUAUUUCGGAAACCGCAGCAACGGCGACUGGAGACUGUGGUUCAGAAGUACCUACCUCUAUAUCAUUGGCUGAUUCCUAUUUAAUUUGACUUCAAAUAAACUUUAUAAAUUUAAUCUAAAAUAUAUUUACUUGAAUUCACCAUUUUAAUCACCAUUUUUAUUUAAAUUUAGAACUUUGACUCGAUUCGCAAAUUUAAAUUCGUGUUUAUUUUCACUUUGCGAUCAGCUGUUCUUCUCACUUGCAAAUUCUUACAAGUAAAAAUGUAUGCAGGAGAAACUGGCAACUUCCCCUCAAAAUUAAAUGACAUUUUGCUCUCUCACUUUUCCCCUAACUUGCAAGUUUUCUAGAUACAUGAACACCAAAAAGCACUUCAUGAACAGACCUAAUGCAAUAGACGACGCGCCUGAACAAUUUAAAAACUCACUAAAGGAGUCAAAUUUAUGUAAAGUAAAAUAAAAAUGGGCUGUAGUUGGCAAUACUGGCAGCCAAUCAACAAAUAAAUACAUAUACCGGCGAAAGUGAUUUUGCUCACCAUCGGAUAUGGCGAACAUUACUUAAAUUUUUAUAUAUGCAUACCUACGUACAUACUUACAUACAUACAUCUAUGCAACCGAUUUGUUCAAAAGCAAUGCAAAAAUAUAUAUUUACAAACAUAUGUGACAUUCAAUAUUAAACCAAAUGAAAUGUACUGUAAUUUUAACUGUUACAUACAAACAUACAUACAUAAACUAACAACAAUAAUGCUUGAAAAAGGCGGCUAAAGGCUUAUAAAGUCCCGAAAGUCCUAAUAUCAAAACUGGAGUUGAGACAAUUUAGUGCCAACGGGAUACUUUUGUUGUAUAUGCACACAAACACAUGCAUGCACGCAAUGGUAGUUUUAUAUCAUACAUUUUUUAACGGCGAAAAGAUAUGCAUACCCAGCAGGGACAAGCAGAGCUUUGACGAGAAACCAAAAUUCAACAGACUUCUUCUAAUAUAUACUUCGCACUGCGUCGGCUAAACGAUUGCUUGCAUACUAUAAGUCGUUAAAGAGAUUUAUUAUGUGGCGGGUCAUCUUAUGCGCGGCAAAGUAUGCACAGUUAGGCCUUAACUUCAGCAGUAUAUAGAUGGCAAUGGUUGACAAACGCACUUGUACUCGCGUAUACAUACAUACAUGCAUGCAUAUGAACAUCUAUCGGAGUGAGCAGGAGAAAGUCCCAAAUAUUUCAUACACCAAGGGGCGCAAGGUGUGAAUAGGUUUAAUAUGGCACUGAUAUACUUCCCCUACUUUUCUCUAUACACUCCGUUCAAAAAAUAUUGCAAGCACAUCUGUUUCUUAUGAUUUUUUGUGAUUUUUUAAGAGCUAUAGGAAAGUUUUUCAAAAAACACACGUAAAAUUCGGAAAAAUGUAUGACAUUUUUAUUUAAAUCGAUAGUACAGUCCAUAUAAUUUAAGGUUUGAAGAUUAUUUCAUGCAAAUGUCGCCACGACUGUGCUUCAAAUGGUGAUGUGUGGCAUAUGGCACCGUCUUGCUGAAACCACAUGUCAUGCAAGUCAAGCUCAUGCAUUUUGGGCAAAAAAAAGUUGGAUAUCAAUUCACGGUAACGCUUACCACUCACAGUUACGUUACGAUUCGCAGCAUCUUUGAAGAAGUACUAUCCAAUGAUACCUCCAGCCCAUAAACCGCACCAAACUGUGACCUUUUCUGGAUACAUUGGUAGCUCUUGCAAUUCUUCUGGCUCAUCUUCACUCCAAAAUCGACAAUUCUGCUUAUUUACGUACCCAUUGAUCCAAAAAUGAGCUUCGCCGCUGAACACAAUUUUUCGAUGAAAAAGUGGAUCUUCGGCCAACUUUUCAAGAGCCCAUUCACCAAAAAUGCUGCGUUGCGGUAGGUCAUUCGACUUCAAUUCUUGCACCAACUGUAUUUUGAAAGGCUUCACCUAAAUCCUUUCGCAAAAUUUUCCACGCUAUUGAGUAACAGAGGCCCAAUUGCUGCGAACGGCGUCGAAUCGAUCGUCGAUGGUCAUCAUUAACACUGGCCGAUACAGCUGCGAUAUUUUCUGCAGUUCGCACUCUACGUAAGCGUGUUGGUGGUUUGAUGUCCAAUAAUGUAAAUUUGGUUCUAAAUUUAGUCACAAUAGCUCGAAUAGCCGCCUCAGUGGAUCGAUUAAACUGACCAUAAAAUGGAAGAAGCGCGCGAUAAACUUUCUUAACAGAACACGCAUUUUUAUAAAUAAAUCUGAAUUCCGAAUGGUAGUCACGCAUCAAUUCAUUCGGCUACAGCGGCCGACAGAUCUUGGUAGAACAUAAAUCCGGGUCGAACCGACUGUAGCUUGAAGCGGUUAACGCAAAUGUAGGUAGGUAGGUAGGUAGGUAGGUAGGGUGGUUGUCAUAGAGACACACUUAGACCUUUCGCAGGUCCAUUGUGAUACCACUGGAGCUUAUCCUUACUCUACGUAUUCCUUUUCAAACCAUCAGCCGAGCUGAGCUUCGUUAGUUUUAGAUGGGCUAUGUUCGCUACAUCGGUUAGAAAUGCUGUAUCAAGAGUGCGCAGCCUUCUCAUAGCUAGGCUUUCACACUCACAUAAAAGGUGUCUGACUGUUUCCUCUUCCUCUGUAUUAAAACAGCUUCUACCGAAAUCGAACUGCGUGAGUCCUAACCUUCUAGCGUGGCUGCCUAUUAAACAAUGACCAGUUCCGCCUUACAGUUUCCUGCAAUAUUCCUGUGGCCUGGUACCCAGAUAAGGUGCACCUUGUAGCACUUAGAUACGUCAUUUAGUAGUUUAAAACAUUCUAGAACUGUUUUUGACGAGUGCGUUUUUGAUUCAAGCGCUUUUAUUGCUGCUUGACUGUCCGAGUAAAUGAAUACUUCAUUUGUGGAUAAUGCUCUCGUUUUUAUUUCUGUAAGUCCCUCUUUUAUGGCAGUGACUUCCACCUGAAAUACACUGCAAUGAUCAGGUAAGCGAAAUGAUUGACAUACUCCGAGUUUAUCGGAGUAGACCCCUCCACCUACUUUGUUGUCCAUUUUUGAGCCAUCUGUGUAGAUGUUUAAGUCAUUUUUCAUAACAAUAAGCCCGGAAAUACUGUGACAAAGGAUUUAUUAAAAUUGAUGUCCUUGGUCUUACAGAAACACGUUGUGCUGGGAAUGCAGGGGAAUUGUUCUAAAAUUGAGGAGUGUCCUCUUUGGUUCGUUCUGAGUAGGCCGAUUUCUCUUAGUAUAAGAGUUGCUUUGGCAGCUGUUUGCUUACUGUAUUGCUCUAUUGGUAAAAUGUUAAGCAUAAUAUUUAGUGCAUCUGUGGGUGUGGUUCUGAGGACCCCGCAGAUGCAAAGACUGCCAUUCUUUGUACGUGUGCCAUGGUUCUUUUAAUGUACAAUUUAUCUAGAGCCGGCCACCAUACUAAUAUGCCGUAUGUUAGGAUUGGUCUGACAAUUGCCGUGUAAAGCCAGUAUACGAUACGCAAAUGUAAUUAGACGCCGUUUGGCCGUCAUUCUAGAAUCCAAAGCUCCUUCUUUCUUUUGCCUCUUGUUUCCCGCUCUCUGUUUUUCUUGUGAAUUUGAUUCUUCGUCCAAGAGGGCCCUUCGCCUGGGCAGCCAUUUGUCUUUAUCUAACCUAAAAGACAUGGCCUGAUGACUUAGAUUUUGUGUGUAAGUGUGGCCCUAUGUCCGACCGGGGAUAACUGGAAUUGAGAAGACGAUGAAGAAAUAAUGACUAUUUUUAUUUCAAUAUCUUGUUGAAAUAUCAGGUACUGGAGAUCAAAACAAGUAUACUUAGUGGGACCAUGCAUAAUAACCGAUACACGAACUACUUAUAAAGCAGCAACACAAACUGAAAUAUCAUCUGGUGGCGUGUGAUUGGUACGGAGUUCUGAAAAAAGUUCUUGGGGAAAAAUUCAAAUACAUUCUUGUUUUAAAGGUAAACACAACAUUUAUUUAUGUUUCUAUUUCAUAUUUUUCAAUUAAUGACAUUAAUAGUGAGCAGAUAUUGUGCAGAUACACACACUGUACUAAUACUACUCGUAAAUGUAUUAAAAAGCAAAAAUUCCGAUACAAUAAUUUCAUAAGAAGAAACCAAGAGUGACCUGUUUGAAGUCAAAAGUUUAAUUGUAAUGAAAAAAUACCGUUCUGCCACUAUAAAUGAGGUGAGUGUUCGACAAGGCAUCUUUGUUUUUUUUUUGUUUUUGUUGGGACAGACUAGCAAGUACAGCACUCAGACACAAUUAAGUUCAUUGUACAGCACUCGGGUUCCCUUUUCAAUUUUCUUUAAAUCUAUUCUACUCGAUCUGAGUAGAUUUUGUGGCGCCAAGUAGUCAAGGUGGUCGCUUUUUAACACAUCAGUGCCAACACAUCAAGCCUGAUUCGAGUGAAAGCGGGGCAGACGCAUAGAAAGUGGUCCGCCGUCUCAUCCUCCUCUCCACAUGCUGGGUAGAGUGCAGAGUGCAGAGUUUUCCAUGUGCUUUGCCCAUAGAAAGGGCUCGUCAUCAGUCCAACCAGUUGUCUACAGUCCCCUCUGCUUAGUGACAGGAGGAACUGCGACAGUCGGUCGGACAUGACAGGUAACAUCAGUCUAGUCCAUCUGCAACCUCUCUCAGCCUGCCAAGCUUGCCUGUGGGUUGUAGUAACCCAUUUGCUAACCGUGGCUUUGAUGGCCGCGGAAGGGAGUGGCAAAACGGGCUCUGGGCCAAAAAAGUUGGCCUCAGAGCCCAUUCUGGCUAAAGAGUCAGAGAUCUCGUUACCCGCGAUACCCACGUGUCCCAGGACCCAUGUUAGCAUCAGGCUAUUGUGUUGACCGAGAUAGUUCAGCCUGAAUAUACAGGACUCAACUACCCUUGAAGUGGUUGGGGGGCUGUAUAAGGCCAUGUGCGCAGCUUGGCGGUCGCUGCAUAUACAUAUAGAUCUGCCUCUCCAUCUGAUUUCCACAACAAAGUUCAUCGCUUCUUGAGUAACUUAUAUCUCCGCUUGAAACACAGAUGCGUGCAUUUCAAGAUAAGGCAUCACACAUAAAUGUUUUUUUAAUUAUCUUUCAAUUAUCGCAUCUUUAAACAGUUACACAAGUGGCGCGACUUCGAGUAAGGAAGGAGACUUCGGUGUGGCCGCCAACUCGGAAAUGAAGUUAUCAAAAUCGAUAGCAGAAUUCUAGCAGAAAAGAAGAAACAAAGCAAGAUAUUUUUAAAAAGGAAAUAGUGUUGGGACAAAGUGGCGCAAAAUUAAUCACCCUAUCGAAAGACUUAAAAUUUUUGCAAAUGGCGUUAUAAGUCUAUCACAGUUGACACUUGUGAACUAGACAGCACGCAAUGGAGCGCGUAAAGCUAAAAAUAAAGAGUUCCAUUACACCAAAUUUUUUCUUUUAUUUAGUAAAAAAGUUAUUCAAAAACCAACUUGGAUGAUUAAUUUUGCGCCACCCUGCAAUUGUGCUAAUUCUAAGUGAAUUGGUUUAGAGAUCGACUGCCAUUUCCACUUACCUACCCACCUAUGUAUGUACCUUUGUGUGUUAAUUGAUCUUCAAGGAUUUAACAAACUUCUGGAGCCACAUUUUACAAGUCUCUGCUACUAUACAAAAUACAUAUGCAUGUACGUAUGUAUGUGCACUAGACCGUUAUUUUGCUGUCAUCGAUUUGUGCUUUAAUAAAUAUUUUUCUUAAAAUUCGGCACAUUUGUUCUGCUUCACUAACCAAAGUAUCUGAAUUUUUUGCAGCCGUGUGUUUGUGUGUGUUCGUGUGCAUAUCAGCAUAUCCCAAACUACAUACAAAUAAGAUACAGAGCAAAGAUUCAAAAAGAAAACAAGCAAAAAUAAAAUUUGCGUUUUAAAGUUGGUUAACAUUUAAAAUUUGCUAAAUGAGAAAAUCUAAACAAAAUACCGACAGAUUUUUAAAUAAAUGUCAAAAAAACAAACAAAAAACGAUUGCAGCUAAAAAUUUAAAUAGGCAACUUAAAAAUCAACAAUUAAUAAAUUAUGAAUAAAUAAACCUGUUAAAUUUUUAAAGACAAAUUUUUGAAUGAAUCUUUUACCAAUGAAUUUUGUUCAAUAAAAAUAUACAAAUAAAAUGAAAAACAAAGCCGCAGAAAAUAAGAAAAAUGACGAAAAAAAAAACAAAAAAAUGUUGAAAAAGUUCAAAAUUUACUAAACAUAUAUGUAAAUACAUAAAUAAACAGGUACACAUCGCGCGUUUAAUUAUGUAGAGAAGUGGCUCAGAAUUUUAAUACAAUUUUUUUUUGAAUUACAUAUUUUUUAAUAUUUGAAAUUUCUUUUAAUUAAAAUAUUUUAUUUUUUAUUUUUUGAAUUUUUUUAUAUUUUAAUGAUUUUUCCAUAAAUUGAAAUAAGCGGCUGCUGAGAUUAUUCCUAAACUUAUAGAACAUUCAAUAUGGCGAAUUAGCACAGUUUUGCUUUUUAGUUAAAAUCAUUUUUUAAUUUAAAAAAUUUUUUUUAAAUUUUUAUUUUUAAAAUUUUGCCAUUAAUUAAAAUAAGCGACUGCUGAGAUUAUGCACAAUCUUAUAGAAUAUUCUAUAUGGCGAAUUUUUAUAUUUAUUUUUUAAUUUUGAAAAAAAAAAAUUUUAAUUUUUAAUUUUUUUUUAAAUUUUUUUUUAAAUUUUUUUUUUUAAGAUUUUGCCAUUAAUUAAAAUAAACGGCUGCUGAGAUUAUGCUGAAGCUUAUAGAAUAUUCAAUGUGGGGAAUUUUAAUAAAUUCAAUAAAUUUUUUAAUUAAAAUUUUUAUUUUUAAUAUUUACAGUUUUUUUAAUUUUUUUUAAUUUUUUUAAUUAUUUUUAUUUUUUUAAGAUUUUACCAUAAAUUAAAUUAACCGACUGCUGAGAUUAUGCACAAUCUGAUAGAAUAUUCAAUUUUUUUUAAUGUUUAAAAUUGAAAAUUUUUUUUUUUUAAUUUUUAUUUUUUUUUGUCUUAAGAUUUUACCAUAACUUAAACUAAGAGAUUAUACUCAAUCUUAUAGAAUAUUCUUUAUGGCGAGUUUUAAUAAAAUUUGUUUGAAUAUUUAACAUUUUUUUUUUAAAUUUAAAAUUAAAAAAAAAAAAUUUUUUAAUAUUUCAAUUUUUUUUACGUCAGAUUUUACCAUAAAUUAAAAUAAGCUGCUGCUAAGAUUAUGCACAAUCUUAUGGAAUAUUCAACGUGGGGAAUUUUAAGAAUUUUUUUUUAAAUUAAAAUAUUUAUUUUUAAUAUUUAAAUUUUUUUUUUUAAUAUUUUUGUUUUUUUUUUAUGCCUUAAGAUUUUACCAUAAAUUAAACUAAGAGAUUAUGCUCAAUCUUACAUAAUAUUCAAUAUGGCGAAAAUGCUAGAUAUAGUUUUAGUUUUUUAGUUAGUCUUUGUAACCUUAUUUUUAUAAACACACGACGCCAAACUGAUGCAAGCAAAGUGAUCGAAUUCACGUGUUCCACCAGCGCAGUUCCUGCACUUUCACUGGUUCUUGCACUUUUCAGAGGUUUCACUGCAUUUAGAAACACGCCGUUUGAAACUAUUAUACGAAGCUGUAUGCAUUUUUAAUAAUAAAGAAAUUUAACUUUGAAUAAAUUAUAUUAAAACAUAUAUGAAACAAUUUAAGCUUAAAAAGUAUCCGCUGUCGCCAAGCGAUGGUCGUUAUUGGCCGCUACCAAAAUAUUGGGUCAAUCGCAUCUGCAUUGCGCUUGUUGACGCCAGUUAGAAACACCAAGGGUGGUCAGGUUGUCGUCGACUUGGUCUUUCCAACGCAGAUGAGGACGUUCUUCGCAGAUGAGGACGCUUCACUACAUCGAUGUCGGCGUACAGCUCAUACAGCUCGUGGUCUCAUCUUUUAUCAAUAUGCAUCAUUCACACAAAUUGAACACUGACCCUUGAUCUUCCGAAGAAUUUUUCUCUCGAAAGCUGCUACUCGUAAUAAUCACCCAUCAGUGUUCGUCAAUGUCCACGACUCAGCGCUAUACAUUAGGACCGGGAGGUUGAGUGAUUGAUAGGGUGUUUUGCUCGUGUGUCGAGCGAGAGCUCUGCUUUUCAAUUGUCUACCGAUCCUCAAGUAGCACUUGUUGGCAAGAGUUAUUCUUCGCUGUAUCGCUUGGCUGACGCUGUUGUUGGUGUUCCGCUCUGUCUGCCAGAUUGUUAUGAAUAUUUCGAUUUUUUUCAUAAUUAGCAGUUAAAUUAAACUUUUAAAAAUGUAUAAUAUAUUACAAAUUUAUUUAUUUUUUUGAACAAAAAAUUUUAAUUGAAAUACCUCUGUAUACCAUUAAACAGGCGCUAUGUACCAUAAAAGUUCGUUUUUUAAUAAUUCUUGAAAAUUUUUUAAUCGCUGCCGCUAUAGGUACGCCAACCUAAAAAAAAAGAUACGACUUUGUCUUUUAUUACAAACAAAAAAGGUGUUAACAUCAUGAUUUGAAUGAGACUUUCAAGACUUUUUCUAAUCAAAAAACCAAAAGCAAAUUUGUACAUGAAAAUGCCAAAACGCGCAAUGACUUUGAAAGAAAAAAAAAACAUAAAAAAAAAUAUUAAAAAAAAGUAAUACCUAUAUCGCAUAAUUGCAACUUUUAACAAUAAAAUCGUAAUGCAUACAAAUUAUAAUGUGAAAUAAAUGUUUAAAAGCGCUCUUGAAGCUACUCGUGCAUACUCGUAUUUGUAUGAAUUUUAUACUAAAUUCUCUUAAAUUUUGUUCUUACAUUAAAAGCUGCGAAAUCACAUGGCAACGUAUCUUCUGUGCUAUAUUUUCUACUUUGCCUGUUAUAAAAUUACCUCAGUAUGACACAUGGGCUGAAAAAGCCCGGAACUAACAGUUUUUGACAGUUUAUUUGCUUCUCGUUUGAAUCUAAUACUUUUUUUUGAAAUUUUUUUUUAUUUUAUUUUCCUAUAAAAACUAUAUAAAUCCAAGUUUUAAACUCUGUGCAAAUAAAAAAAAAAUAACAAAUUCUAAACAAAAGUUCACAUUUUUUAAAUAAGAAUUUUAAUAAAAAUUCUGAGUAUGCAGUUUUAUAACGCACUAAAUUUUGGUCUAACAAAGUGCAAGUUUCAAGUAGCUGAAAAAUCGCAUUGAUUUUGAAUAAUUUUUUUCUGGUGAUGCUGUGCUUUUCUCCAUAUAAAGAUUCUUCUGCUUAUUUGGAUAAAGAUUGCGCGAUUUUUUUUAUAUGGAAGCAAACACCCAACACCGUAAGGAAAAAAUAUUCUCAUAAAUCAACGAGAUUUUUGCGCUAUUCGAAGUUUGCACUUUUUGCACCGAAAUUCAGUGGGUUAUAAAACUGCAUACUGACAUUUUUUCUUGAAAUUUUUAUUUAAAAAAUGUGCAAAUGUGAAUUUUUGCUGGAUUUUGUUUUAAUUUGCAAAAAGUGUGAAGUGUGGUUUAUAUGGCUUUUGUAGGAGAUUAACUAUAUUUUCAUAAAAAACUAUUAAAAUUAAAUAAGGAAUAAAUGAAUUGUCAAAACUUAUCAAUAAGCCCAUGUGUUGUAGUUAUUUAGGGCUGUGUGUGCUAUAAAGGGUUGGGGGUAGUUAGAGGCCCGAAAAAAUGAUGAUUUUCAAUAAUUUUUUUUGCUAGUCAAUUGUUUUAUUUUACAAAAAUAAAAACAUAGCAUUAGAACAACAUGUUUCGACUUGACUUUAGCAAAAUAUCAAAAAAAAAAAAUUAAUAAUUGUAAAAGUUAUCGCUGUUUGUGUGGAGGUCGUUUCUCUAGUAGUCCCUUCCGGUGAUAAUCACAAGUCCUUGGAGAUUCAUCUAAAAUCAAUCGUACAAGAGAAAUUAGUUUUAUUAAUAGAUUAUCUUGUAACUGAUCGGAGCUUUGUUCUCACACUUAACAAUAUGGCGACCUCAGAAAAAAUUUUUCAGAUUUUCGAGAAAAAAACCGAGAAUUAAAUGUUUAGAAAAAAUCGAAAUAUUUGAAGAAAAAAAUCCUUCGAUCAAGCACGAGUUUUUUAAUAUAUGUUUUUCAAAUCUAUCUAUUUUUUGAAAUCUAUUAAGCGGUUUUUAAGUUACGGUGAUCACCAGUUCAAAAAACAUAGUUUUGAGAAGAACGCAUUUAAAGUUUUGCUAUCGAUUUAUCGAGCGCCCGAGCGCCCUUUGUUAAUUGUGGAAUAACUCGAAAAGUAUAUGUCGGAUUCACUUCAAAUUUUCACACAAUAUUUUUAAGAAAAUGUAAAACAAAAAAAUCCAAUUUUGUGAAAAUUCUGACUACCCCUAACCCCAUAAGUAAGCAUCUAAAUAUCUGCUGAGGCUAGCUUUAAGCUGGAAUUACUUCUUCUAAAAUUUAUUUUCGAUUCUCAAUUUUCUCUUUUCUCUUUUUAUAUGAAACUGGCAUCCUAUUUUUGCGCUUUUCGGUUUCCGUACAGUACUUACUAGAAGUACACACCUACACAUCCUCAGAUUCAUACUCCUUGAAAACUGCUGUCUGUGCUUCCAAAUUUUCAAUACAAAUAUUUACUAUAUAGAAAUGUGAAACUGUCAAAUCAUAAUUCAAUCACUGAUGCUCCACUAAGUGCAUAAUACAUAGUACAUGCAAACAUACAUACAUACAUGCAUAGAAAAAUGUGUGCAUAUGUAUAGUGUGCAUAAAUAUAGGUUUUCAUAUGCUUAGCUGCAAAACGACGAUUGAACCGAUGUACUCGUACUUACAUAGAACAUACAUAUUUACAUACGUGUACAUACAUACAUAUACAAGUAUAUAUGUACGAGAGUGUUGUUUGAUAUUUUAGAUGUGUAUCUAUUUCGUGAUUGAUUUCGUGUACCGUAACGUGAAUUAAUUGAUUCAAAUUUAUGUAAUCUUAUCUUUUUUGAAGAAAUUGAAUGAAUUUGGUAAAAUAUAUCAAAGUAUAUAAAUCAAUAAUUAUGUUAUUAUUGUUGUAUUGUAUAAAAAUAAAUUAAAUUAAGUGUUGUUACAUUCUACAUACAUACAAACAUACUUAAUAAACCAAUUAAUAUGUAAUAAUUGUAAGUCUAGAAUGGUUUGAUUUAAUGACGGAUUACUGUAUCAGACUCAGCAAAGGCGAAUUUUGUAAAAUAAGUGGCCAAUUAAGAGUGUGGAAUCAAGUUAAUAAACGUAAAUAAGAUAAGAUCUGAAAACAAAAUUUAAAACAAAUAAAAGCACAAGUGAAUUGGGUAUAUGGAUUUGUUGGAUGCUUAUUGUAUGAUCUGAAUUAAGAGUUAUGUAAUAAAAACCAAACUGAGUUGAUUAUUUAUGAUUG